AUGCCCAGUUAUUUGGAUGUCACCAUGGAUGUGAUAUCCACGUGCGCUUUUGCUGCCAAAUGUCACUCACAGACCCGAUCCGAUCACCCAUUGAUCCGGAAUGUCAAUAAGGUUUUGGCCACAAAGUUGUCCCUUGUUUUGGCCACAAUGGCUAUACUAUUAGUCCCAAAGUUUGUCUUAAACCUAUUAGGUAUAACUCAUAACACCGACAACUCUGCAUUGGAGUCUCUCUUUGAACUGAUCCGACAGAUUAUUGCCGACCGGAAGGGAAGUCCCGAUUACAAGUACAAUGAUUUUAUUGGUUUAUUACUGAAUGCGGAAAGGGAUGCAAAUUUGGAUCAAGUGAGAGACGCAUUGGACGGACAUGAAUCUCAUUACGCCAAUCAAGGCGCCGAAGUGUCGUUCCCUCAUAAGCCGUUGUCCAACCGAUACAUAACCGAAGAGGAGAUUGUGGCCAACGCUUUGGUUUUCUUUUUGGCCGGUUAUGACACUACGACCACAACCCUAUCAUUCAUAGCACACGAGUUGGCCGUAAAUCCUGUAAUCCAAGAGCACCUAUACUCUGAAAUAUCGGAUGCCGUCGACACUAACGGUGAGAUAGCGUACGACGUGUUGACACGACUACCCUUUUUGGACGCAGUGGUCACCGAAACACUUAGAUUUAACGGACACACUAUACGGAUCUCCAGAUACGCGGCCAGGGAUUACACGUUAACCGACACCGGGAUUACCAUCCCAAAGGGCCAGAGAAUAGAGUUCCCUAUCUAUGCUAUCCACCACUCUAAUGAGUACUAUACAAAUGCUAAUAUAUUCAACCCUGAUAGGUUUAUGCCUGAUAAUAAAACUAGUAUUAACCCGUACGCAUACCUGCCCUUUGGUGCCGGCCCCCGAUUUUGUGUGGGCACACGGUUUACAUUAUUGGUGAUAAAGCUCGCGGUGGCGCACGUGGUCCGGGAGUACCGGUUAAUUCGCACCCCUAAUACAGACGUACCGGUGCUUAGAGUUAAGAGUAUAUGUUUGGGUCUAAGUGCCGGUGCCACUGUCGAUGUAAAGACCACAUCGGGUACAAUGAGGGGGCAGACCCUCGACGUGUUGGGCAAAAAGGUCGACACAUUUAUCGGCAUUCCGUACGCCGAGCCACCAGUCGGUGCGCUCCGGUUCGCCCGGACUAAGCCGUUAGCCAAACCGCUUCCGGAUGUAUUUGACGCCACCCAUAGACAUGGCCAGCUAUCGUGUUUUGGUGGGGACGGGCCCGCUGGUGAGGACUGUCUCAAUCUAAACAUAUGGGCGCCCCAUAACUCCACUGGUCUAGUGCCGGUUAUGUUUUGGAUAUACGGUGGGGGUCUAAGAGGGGGCUCCAUAUACAAUGGUUUGUACGACGGAAAGGCCUUUCCCACCGAUGGGGUAGUGUUUGUUGCUGUAAACUACCGGUUGGGACCGUUAGGCUUUCUGUAUGGCGGGCCCGGUAGUGAUGCACCCGGCAAUAUGGGCUUUUAUGAUCAGGUGCAAGGUCUUAAAUGGGUGCGGGAAAACAUCCAUUUGUUUGGCGGAGAUAAGGAUCAGAUCACCAUAUUUGGUGAGAGCGCCGGCAGUUGGUCCGUA